AUGGCUUCUCCCAAACCAUUUUUCUGCAUUCUUUUCCUCUUAUUUUCCCUUUCCGCCGCCCUGGACAUGUCCAUUGUGAAAUACAAUGAAAAUCAUAACAUGGGUUCCCAGGAUGAUAUCACGGCGUUGUACGAAUCGUGGCUUGUGAAACAUGGGAAGGUGUAUAAUGCUUUGGGCGAGAAGGAGAAGCGGUUCGAGAUUUUUAAGGAUAAUUUGAGGUUUAUUGAGGAGCAUAAUUCUGUAGACCGUACAUAUAAAGUUGGGCUGAACCAAUUUGCUGAUUUGACAAACGAGGAGUACCGAUCCAUGUUUGUUGGAGGUAGGAUGGAGAGGAAAACUCGGCCGGUGAAGGCCGGGAAGAGUGAUCGGUUUAAGGCCGGUGAGGAGUUGCCGGAUUUUGUUGACUGGAGAGAAAAAGGCGCCGUCGCUCCGGUCAAGAAUCAAGGACACUGUGGGAGUUGCUGGGCAUUCUCAACUAUUGCUGCUGUUGAAGGAAUAAAUAAGAUUGUAACAGGUGAGCUGAUAACUUUGUCCGAGCAAGAGCUGGUUGAUUGUGAUAAGAUGUAUAACCAGGGAUGUAAUGGGGGUCUUAUGGACUAUGCCUUUGAUUUCAUCACUAAAAAUGGUGGCAUUGAUAGUGAAGAAGAUUACCCUUACCAAGCACUAGAUGGCAGGUGUGACCAAUCUCGGAAAAAUGCUCGGGUUGUCUCUAUCAAUGGUUAUGAAGAUGUUCCGCAAAAUGAUGAGCUAUCACUUAAGAAGGCCGUGGCACAUCAACCAGUUAGUGUUGCCAUUGAAGCUGGGGGCAGGGCUUUCCAACUCUAUCAAUCGGGCAUCUUUACCGGAAUCUGUGGAACAGAACUAGACCACGGUGUAGUUGCCGUUGGAUAUGGUACAGACAAUGGAGUAGAUUAUUGGAUCGUGAGGAAUUCGUGGGGUCCAAGUUGGGGAGAGAAUGGAUACAUUAGGCUUCAUCGCAAUGUGGCUAAUACCACCACUGGGAAGUGUGGAAUUGCAAUGGAGGCAUCAUACCCCAUCAAGAUCGGUCAGAACCCUCCUAAUCCCGGCCCUUCCCCUCCAGCUCCCGUGAAACCUCCCACAGUGUGUGAUGAUUACUACACAUGCCCCGAGGGAAGCACCUGCUGCUGCGUGUACCAGUUUGGAGACUUAUGCUUCGGUUGGGGAUGCUGCCCGUUCGAGUCUGCUACCUGCUGUGAUGACCACUACAGUUGCUGCCCACACGACUAUCCUGUCUGUGACAUUGAAGUCGGGACUUGCCUGAUGAGCAAGGGCAACCCCCUGGGCAUAAAAGCAUCAAAACGAAGCCCUGCUGUGCCGAAUUGGGCUCGUCUGCAAAGUGGUUGGGAAUCUACUGCCCCCACACCCACCUUCGCCGCCGUUGAUUCUGCUUUCCGAGAGGUACUCGUGCUUUCACGUUAA